AUGUUGGCGCGUGUCGUAAAGCCAAAUGUCGUCAAUGUUGUCAAGCGUGCAACGAUUACCAACACUCUGCCUAUGAUCGAAUCCUGCCGUCAUAAGAGCCAUGAAGUACAACACGGUGGUCAUCAUGAAGUUGAUCAUCAUCAUGGUCAUCAUGAUACUUAUAAAACGCUCUAUGAACGCUUAUGGCAACACAAAGCUACACUCGAUUGGUUACCCAAGCCAGAAGGUAGCUGGCAAGAAAUCAAUGGACAUAAACAAGCUUAUUACAACAAAGUACUCGCAGGUGGAAUUAUCAGUAUCGUACUAGCAUAUAUCUACUUACGAACAGUAGUUGUAAAGAGAUCAGGUGCUUUAACCACACCUCCAUACCAUCUGAUUGGACAUGAAGACUUUCCUGGUUCAAAAUACGAUGAUGCCACUGGAGCAAAACAUUAG